AUGCAACCGGCAGGAAACAAAGGCCGUCGAGGCCAGAAGACAUGGUCCUUCGCGGCUCAUUCGUCAAGCGUGAAUUGCAUAAGCAUCGGCAGGAAGUCAGCGGAGAGGUUUAUAACGGGCGGCGACGAUAAGAAGCUGCACCUAUGGUCCACCCGCCAGCGCGCGCCGUUGCUGUCGCUGCGCGGCAACACGAGCGCCAUUCAGAGCGUGCUGCUGGACGCCAGCGAGGAGCUCGCCGUGGCGGGCGGCGCUGCGGGCGCCGUGAAGCUAUGGGACCUGGUCGAGGGGCGAGCCAUCCGCACGAUGACGGGCCACAAGGCCGCGCCCGUCGCGCUCGACCUGUACUCCGCGGGCGGGCUGUGCGCGUCGCUCAGCCCCGCGGACGGCACCGCGCGCGUGUGGGACCCGCGCCAGAAGGAAGCCGCGCACGUCUUCCGCGGAAUGGGCGCGGGGGACGCGGGAGAGGGCGGAGGAGCUGUGGGAGGGGGAGGGGCGGAGGGGAGGGGUGCGGGAGCAGGGGGCGGAGCGGAAAGCGCGGGGGGGAAGGGCGGGAAAACUGUAGGAUGCGUGCGGUUCAGUCCGGACGGGCGGUGGGUUGUGGCAGGCGGGCAAGAUGGGCGCAUCAAGCUGUUCGACCUGGCGCAGGGGCGGCUGUUCGCGCAGCUGGCGGGGCACGCGGGCGCGGUGGCGGCGCUCGACUUCCACCCGCAGGAGCUGCUGCUCGCGUCCGCCGCGCGCGACCGCACCGUGCGCUGGUGGGACCUCGAGUCGUUCAACUGCGUUGACUGCUCGCCGGCCGGCGCGGGCGGCACCGCCGCCCUCGCGUUUGCUCCGCAGGGGGACGCGCUCUUCGCGCCCUGCGUUGACCACCUCAAGGUGAGUGCGCCGCGCAGCAAAGCGAGAUUUCAGAAAUCAACCACUUUGUACCCCGUUUCACUCCUUGGAUCAGUUCUUCCUCUGCCCUGGCGACUUGACAAUCCUCUUGCCUUCCACCCCGCCGCCCCUCCCGCUGCUGCUGCCCGGAUUCAGGUGUGGGGCUGGGAGCCAAUCAGCCCUAAUAUAUACACCUCCUCUUCUCCAUCCACUUCUCCCCUUCUCACCCAUCUCUCUUCCCCCGUCCCCACCUCCCAAUCCUCCACCGCUCACCUUCCCCUCAUCCCCCUAUCCCUCCCCCUUCCCCUCCUCCCCCUAUCCCUCCCCCUUCUCCUCCCCCCACAAUCUCCCGGCCAAUCAGAGCCCGCCACGCUCCCCUCCUCACGUGCGCGCUCCUCCUCCCUCCCGCGCUCCCUCGCUCGUCACCUCGCCCCCACCAUCGCCUCGCUUCAGCGCGCCCGCCGCGCCCCCUCCCCCUCGCCCUCGCCCUCUGCCUGUUGCGACGGGGAGAGGGAGAGGGAGCGUGCGAGGGAGAGGGAGCGAGAGAAGGAGUGGGAUGACAGAGUGUCGGUGGGAACGCCGAGGAGGUAUGUGAGGUCGCCGCAGAGGUCAAAUGGAGGGGUGGGGAGGGGUGAGAGGGGCGAAAGGGGGAGUGCUGUGCGGUGCAGCAGUGAGGGCGGCUGGUGGGGGGGCAGGGAGGGCAAGGGGGGGCGAGGAGGCGUUGUGGCAGCGGUGGUGUUGGGCCGUGAUGAUUGUAACGGGGGUGGUGAUAAGGGGGGGAAUUAUGGAGGGUAUACGACGGGAGGAGACACCAGCACUGACGACGAGUGCACGAGUCAUAGACUGUCACGUGGCGGCUCAGCAUCGCAUGGUGCUACCACCACCGCCACCGCAGCUGCUGCUGCUGCAACUGCUGCGCAUGGGCAUACAACCUCUCGACGUGGCUCACACGUGCACUCCCUGGCGUCGCCUCGCCGCUCCCCUCCCUCCUCCUCCCCUUCCAACCCCACUGGCCACUUCUCUGCCCCUGCUGCCUCUGCUCGCGCUGCUCCUUCGUCUUCUGCCACGCCCGUUACAGUCACACCAGGUGCACGCGUGCCAUCCGCUGCUGCACAUCCUGCCUCUCCCGCUGCUGGUCGGGCCAACGCUGCUGCUGCUACAGCUCCAGCUCCCGCCUCUGCUGCUGCAACCACACCAACCCCACCAGCGGCAGCAACACAGGCAGCGGCGGGGAGGGGCGGGCAGGGCGCGGUAUCAGGGCGGUCGCCCAUAGUGGACCUCGUCUCCCGCGUGUCUGACUGGAUUGGGUCGCUCUCCUCGCAGGAGCAGUCAGGCGCGGGCGAGAAGAGGGGUGGGGGGAGCGGAGGGAGCGAGAGGAGGAAGGCGGAGAGGGGAGGGAGUGAGGGGAAGGCGGGGGAGAGGGGGAGAGGCAAGGUAGAGGAGGAGGUCGCUGAUGCUGCUGCUGCUGCUGGUGCUGGUGCUGGUGGUGGUGCUACUGGUAGUGCUGGUAAUGGUGGCGGGAGCAGCUCCUUUGGCAGACUGGGGCAAACGGCUCGGAGAAUGACCUUUGGGUCAGGUGGUAAUGGAGGAGGCAAUAACGGGGAUGGAAAUACUCACGCUGUUGCUGCUGCUGCUGCUGCUGCUUCUGCUGCUACUGCUUCCAGGGGCAGUGGUAGCAGGCCUGGUAGCGGUACUGCUGUGGCUCCUGCUUCUGCUGCUGCUGGGAGAGUCAUCAAGAACACGCCGGCCAACACCACCACCAAUGCCAAUGCCGAUGCCAACGCCUGCACCCACACUACCAGUGGCGACCAUCCAUCCAUCCCACCAUAUGCCGCCAGUCUCAGAGCACCCUAUGCAGCCGACACACAGCCCGACAGCUCCCCUCCCCCCACCUGCUCCUCUGCCUCGGCUUCCCUCUCUGUGGGCAGCUGGGGCUUCCGAACCUCCAGCAAGGCUCGGGGGAAGAGGCAGGGGUCUCCGGUGCCGGCCCUCUCUGAGGGCAGGUCCGGCAGCGUGCCGAGCCAGAGCUCGCUGGUUCGGAAGCUAGGCCUGUUUGUGCCGAGGCUGCGGCCGCCAUAUGCUGUGGAUGAUGAGGAGGUGGAGGAGGGGGAGGAGGUGGAGCAGGGGGGUGGGGGGGAGAUGGCGGGGAUGGUGAGAAGCCAGAGCGAGAAGGUUCCAGGAAGCGGGCCUCUUGUUGUGAUCCGCCACGGAGGACUGGCUGAUGUGGGCGUUUCAGCCAAUAAGAAGGCAGCAGAUAGCGGAGGGGUGGGGAGAAGGGUGAGUGGGGAGGAGGAAAGGAGGCGUGGGGAGGAGAAAGGGAAGGAGGGCGCAGUUGGAGCAGCAGAGAGGAGGGGUGGAGGGACGGGAACGAGCACCCAGGUUGGGUUCAGCAGAGACGGUAGUGAUGCAGGCAAUGGCGCAGCAACAGCUGCUGCUGCAGGUGGUGGUAGUGGUGGUGGCGUGGUGGGGAGAGUGGGGGCAGGGAGCAUGGGGGGUGUGGAGGAGAGGGCAAGUGUUGGGGUGGCACAGAGGCAGGUGGGAGGAGGGGCGGGGGACCUCAUUCCGUUCCUGCGAGAGGCUGAGAGGCAGGAGCAGCUGCAGCAGGCGCAGCAGCAGCAGCAGCGCCACCACCCCCAGCAGCACCAGCAGCUGCAACACCACCACCACCCCCAGCAGCAGCAGCAGCAGCAGGGAGGGGGGCAGGCGAGUGAGGAUGAGGCAGCAAUGGUAGCGGCAGUAAAGGAAGGCCAUGAGGGGGUGGUGCGACAGCUGGCGGCACGCAGGCAGGCAGUGCGGCAGGUGGGGGAGAUGUGGAGUGACGGGCUUGUUGCUGAUGCCCUCGCGUUCCUGGCAGUCACUGCGGAUGAAGGGGUGAGUGGGGGGAGGGGUUUAGUGGGGGGAGGGGUUUAG